AUGGAAGCAACUACGAGAAGAAUAGAUGCCACACUCUUGCAAGCAAACCAGAACAAACUCGUGCGCGUAAUUGGAAAAUGCGAGUCAUUUGAUGCUCAUCUGCAAUCAGCUAUACUUACAAGCAACGGCCCGGUAACACUAGAUUUGACAGCUGCAACUUCUGAAGAUGGCAACGAGAGUCUUUUACAAUCAAACAAGUUCUAUGAAGUGGUGGGUAAGGUCAGCAAUAGUUCAUCGAACACAAAGGUGCAAGUGUAUUCAGUGAUUGAGUUAAGUGACAACUUGAAUGUGAAUGCUGCCGAGAAGUUGGUGCAAUACAGUAAUAGGGUGCCGGAGUUGUUCUACAGUUAG